AUGGCCGACUUUGCCGCGCUGCGCGAUGCGUUCCCCGCAACACCACCUGCCGCCAUAGAGGACGCUCUCAGAAGACACGGCAAUGCGGACGGUGCUGCGAGCGAGCUGCUACAGGUGGCCGCCAAGCCCGCCGCCGGCCGCUGGCGUGACCUGGGCAGCCUGACACCUCCUGGCGGCCUCAGCUGGCGGCGCAAGCUCCUCGUUGUUGUCUAG